AUGCAUAUUGUCAUUACUCCCCCAAAUGCACCACCUACUGCUCAGGAGGUUUUGAAACCCUCGGCUCGUGAAAUUUAUAUGAGAUUCAUUAUCAGGACUCUUGGCCCACUCAAGGCAUUGUUCUGGCUAUUCAACAUUUGUCAGACUGCCGCUAUUGUGCUGCCACUACUCCCUCCAUUAAGUCUUCCGCCAGGUGCUCUCACUAUCCUGAAUUGCGUGGUGUUGGUUAGCUCAGAUGCCCGCCCAAUGACAGCUCCAUUUUUUGUUGGUGCUUCCCUCAUGACUGUUGCUGGUAUUCUCCGUUGGACAUGCUAUCGUGCUCUGGGACAACUAUUUAUGUUCAACCUUGGUGUACACACAAAUCACCAACUGAUUACUGCUGGACCCUACUCUUUCGUAUGCCAUCCAAGCUAUACCACCACGGCGAUGUGUUUAUUAGGUGUUCUCAUGGUGCAUGGUCAUUUGGGGUCAUGGUUAAGAGAUUCUGGCGUUACUGGUAAUAUGUUAGUGAAGGUUACAGUGGUAACCUGGGUGGCUUCAAUGAUCAUUUCAGUCUUCAUUCUGAUUAGGAGAUGUCUGGCUGAGGAUGAAUUGAUGAAGAGAAAGUUUGGGAAAGAAUGGGGAAGAAUGGGCAGGGAGAGUGAAGUACCGGAUGAUACCUGGUAUUUACUGAAUCUUACGGAAACCAAUUUACCAUUCACUCGGAUCUACUAG